CCUUCUCUCUUCUUUUCGUGGUUCCAUUAUUGCCUCUUCUGUCGGUCCUCUUCUUCUACUUUCUUUCUCUCUGCACAUUUAUUCUAGUGAGAGAAGAAAUUUUCAGCUCCAUCAUAAAGUUCCCACAACUUUCUGUGACCUUCUCUUCUCUCUCUGCUGUAAGUUCUACUCAUUUAUACAUAGUUUUUGCUUUUGUUUUUUCUUGAAAAUGUACCAUCAUUUUUUUUGUUGAAUCUUGUUCAAACAAAUUUUUGUGCUUGGACUAUAGAUAGCGUUUUCAAGAUUUUAGUGGGGUGUACUGUGUAAGAAUGUUGGGUUCAGGGAUUUCUGAGAAAAAUGGGAACUUUGGGUGGAUAUUGAGGGCAAAUCCCAUAGUUCAAUGGUGGUUUAAGGUGUUGGUAAUAGGGUUUUUUCUUGGAAUGUUGAUUGUGUGGGGGAUUGAUGGUGUCAAUGUUAAUGUGGGUAGCUUGCAGAAAGAUUUUGGUGUUCUGAGACUCAAUAGUAGCUCUGGGAUAUUUAGACCAACCUUCAAAGAUUUUACCUUUACCAAUGUUUCACUUUUACCCCAUUCUCUGCUGAAUCUCAGCCAAACUUUUGAGAAUUUGACCCAACCCCAAGAGGAUUUGGGUCCAGAAAUUGUUCCAAGUGAAGUUAAUUUAACUGAAAAUGGAAGUAUGGCUAUGGUGAAUUUGAGUGUGGGAGAUCAAGAAUUGGUAGGAACAAGUACGUUGAGUUGGAUUUCAGCUGAAUUAGAAGCCAACUAUUCGUCGAUGCUUUUCGAUAGGUGGAUGGCUCGAGGCGGUGAACCGUGUAGGGAGUCGAAAACUGUGGGUAUAAUGAUUCGAGGCGUAGAUGGUAGUGAGAGUAGUAUCAAGUUGUCGACUGGGGAUAUUCACGAAUUCGUUUUCCAGGCAUUGGAUGAUUCGGGGAAGCCUCGUUGUUUAGGUGGGGAUUAUUUCGAGACUGAUCUUUCUGGCGAGAAAUGGAAGUCGAGGCCUCCAAUCGAGGAUUUUGGCAAUGGUACCUACAAGUUUUCCCUCCAAGUCCACCCUGAUUUUGCAGGGGACUACAAUCUCACCAUCAUCCUAUUGUUUCGACACUAUGAAGGAUUGAAAUUCUCGCCUCAAAGAUUCGCAGUCGAUCAAGUCCUCCGUGUGAUCCCCAUCAAAUUCAAUAAAUCCUCAGCGGAGUUACCAGAAAUUUCACAGUGCCGAAAGUCUGAUCUUGCUAGAGACGUUUGGUCGGGGCGGUGGACUCGACACGCUAAGAAUGAUAGCUGCCCUAUUAGCAACGAUGGGCGAUACAGAUGCCAAGAACCAAAUUUCCCGUGCCAAAAACCAUGGUGUGACGGUCCACUAGGUUCGCUGGAGAGCAAUGGGUGGGUAUACUCGACACAUUGCUCGUUCAAGAUGUAUUCCAGUGAAGAGGCAUGGAAUUGUUUGAGUAACCGGUGGAUCUUCUGGUGGGGCGAUUCAAACCACGUUGAUACCAUCCGGAAUAUGCUUAACUUCGUUUUGGGGUUAUCCGAGGUUAAGGCUGUUCCGAGAAGGUAUGACAUGAACAUAACCAACCCCAAGAACCCAUCCCAAAUGGUCAGGUUUACAAGCAUUUUCAACGGUCAUCAUAACGCAACCGCGAACUAUCUGGGCUUGAAUUCAUUAUCAAAUGUAGAGUACCGGGAGCUGCUAAAAGGUUAUUUCUCGGGAAAUGUUGUUCCCGACACCAUCAUCAUGAACUCGGGUUUACACGAUGGAGUGUAUUGGCCUAAUCUGAGAUCUUUCAUCCAAGGUGCCGACUAUGCUGCCGCCUUUUGGAGCAAGAUAGUGGAAACGGUGAAGCAGCGAGGAUUGGCGCCACCCGAGGUAAUAUAUAGGACUACAAUCACAACGGGUGGCUAUGCCCGAAGCCUAGCCUUCAAUCCUCACAAAAUGGAGGCAUUCAAUGGGGUAGUCUUGGAUAAACUGAAGGCGUACGGUGUCCUAAACCGGGUCAUUGACGAUUUUGACAUGACCUACCCGUGGCACUACGACAACCGGUGCAAUGACGGGGUCCACUACGGCCGCGCCCCGCUCAAGUACCGGUGGAGGGAUGGGCAGAUAGGACACCAGUACUUUGUGGACCUGAUGCUGUGUCACGUGCUGCUCAACGCGCUGUGCACGAGAUAGCAGCAUCGGUUCCAGGCUGCGUUUAUCGCGCCCCGGCAACACUGAUAGGAGGGAGGGGUAAUAUUUUUUGGAUAAAUGAAUACAAGGCUUGGGAUCUAUAUAUAUAUA